GUUUGUGUGCACGGAGACGUCGUCAGCUAGCACCGCCGACGGAACGCUUAUUAGAGUGAUCGCUGAAAAAUAAUGUGAGGGAUGGAUUGAGAUAUAUUUUUAUAGUAAUGUAUGAGGUUAAUAAUUUAUAAAAGAAGUUCAGGUCAGGACAUCAAUUGUAUUUGAAACGAAAUAAUUCAUUCUUUUAUUUCAAAUUUGCAUCAGACAUAACGUUUGCACCUUUCCGUAUUAUGAAGACAUUAGUCACAUUUAAUUCGAUCUUUUGGAACAUUUUAUUAAAUAUUCCACUGCCGUAAUGUUGCUUUAUUUGAAGAAAAGCAGAUUAUUUUCGGUAUUGUUUUUAUUUGACAAAUCCGUCCCAGUACAUGAAUUAGUGUGAAAGGGCGCGGAAGGCAGGUGGGGGUGCCAGUCGCCGCCCUCCACCGACGAGACCACACAGUCGCAAACAAACAUCAAUCGUUGAGUCGUACAGCCUUUAAGGCGCUAGCCCCGUGGGACGGACUUCCUUGUCGGAUGAGACGAACAUACAUGGACACAAUAUUAAUGUUGAAGACGAGAAGAACGAACAUCGGUAAAUAUGAACAAUGGAAGGGCUGAUGCUUCAACUUCCACUGAAGAUGUAAAAGACAGGCCGCUGUGCUUGUUCUAUUUCACACACCCGUUCGGCGUCCUGUCUCCGGAGCCCCCCACAGUGACAAUUGCCCCCACACACGUGGCCCGCACCUUCGUGGACAUGCAGCCCGCGCCGUCGUUCUGGAGCGCCUCCUCCUCUCCGGGAUACGAUACCUCCGUCACCUCCACUAGACCCAGCUACGACCUGGGAGACGCCACCGUCCAUAGAAAUCCCAUUAACGUAAUAAGAAACUACGGUCUUGACUAUAGAAGACAAUCCGUUUCUUCUUCUUUCUUUUCGAGCGAUAUUUGGUUCAGUUCUAGUGCGAGCUCACGGAUACAAGAUGAAAGACGUGUCAUACCUUACAACAGGAUACUACCGCCGUUGCGGCUUCCUUCACCUAGAGAUCUAGGGUUAGAUUUAGAGAGCUCUGCGGAUGUAUGGCCGAAAAGAAAACUCCACCCCGGAAAGUUUUCUUUGCCCCCAAUAGAAAUGCCAGCGAGUCCAUUGACAUGUGCAGAUGACUUAUUUGGCGAAAAAGUGUCAGUGAGUGAGAGUGAAUCUGUGAAGAGACACAAGCGAGUGUUCGGCGUAAAGAAAAACAGGAGAAGAGCGCGGUUAGGAAGUGUGAGGAGAAUGAUCACGUGCCUCAUGAAGAGGAGUCUCGCAGUGCUGCUGCUGCGUGCCGCUGCGGCCGAGUCUCGUCAUCAUUUCGUUAGUGGGUCUGCUAUGCGGCGGAGUAUUUCUCUUCUGCUUCACUUCCUACGGGAACAGCAUGCUGGAGGACUGUGGACUGCCGCAGCAGUUCGCUAA